AUGACGCCUGCCGAGGCUACCCUGCUCGCACUCGCCAUUCACUCCGACACCGGCAGCUUGACCUUUGAGCAGACCACCCCGCGGGACGCCGCCAUGCUCACCUGGCUCAUGGAGCAGGGCGCCAUCCAGCGCUCGAUCGCCGAGUUCACGCACAACUUUCUGACCGACGAACAGCAGCAGUUGCUGUCGCAGGGCCUGACGGAGCUGCAACGCACGCGCGUCAACGGCGUCGAGGUCGGCUCGUUGCUGCUGGUGGGGCGCUCGUUUUUAAAGGGCAUGAGCAACGUCGCGUCCGACCUGCUGGACAUCGCCAACCUGGACGUCCUCAUCCUCGCCUACGUCAAUUGCCGCGGGAGGCGCGGAAAGAAGAAGAAGAGGACCAUGGACGACGACGUGUUCUGCGGUCCGGAGCAGCUCAAGCAGGUCUCGCUCAUCGGCCGCGCGCGCGCCAGGGUGGAUGGUAUCGACUUUCGCGAGCUCUUCGCGGACCUCGGUGGCGGCGGCCAUGCGCGCGCAGCCUCUGCCUCGCACAAGGCUACAGAGGCAGAGGCAGAGCAGAUUCUCAACGACCUCGUGCAACAGGCCGCUAACCAGAUCCCGCAACCAAAACCCGUUACCGAGUUCAUGACUACAGACUUGGUCUCCAUCUUCCCCACGGCCCCGCUCAGCCAGGCCCUCCGGCUGAUGGGCUUGCAUGGGCAUCAGAUUUUGCCUGUUGUCGAUGAAAACGACAUUUUGCAGGGGCUUAUUACGGCCCAGGACAUCAAGUUGGCGGAGAGAAAGGGCGGCAUGGAAGUGUUUGCUACGCCUGUCGGCGCCUGGGUGCACCAGGAUGCUGUCACUGUGUCGCCGAGUACACCGUUUUAUACGGCCCAGAAGAUGGUGGCCGAGAAUACAGUCGGAAUGCUUCCGGUCGUGGAUGAGGCGCGCAAACUCAUCGGCGCUGUCACGAGGAUGGAUGUGCUUAUUGCGCGCAGGCUCUGGCCCGAGAAGAUGGCUGAGCAUCGUGACCGCACCGCGGAUAAUUGAUAUGUGUUAUGGGGAUGCUUGUCUUGGCAGUUGCCGUGCCUUCGUGUAGGGAAAGGCCGUAGGUGUGCCAAAGUUGGUGCCCACGAUGUGACUCGAGAAUUGAAAGUGUCUUUUUUAUGACCUGGUCGCGCGCUUGCAAUUCUCGAUAUAUUAGAUCUGUUUGGCCCAUCACGUGAAUUGUCGUGCCAGUUUGUGCAUACAAGCUCAGGACAAUAUACACGAAAGACUGCGUCUCUGUGAGAGGAUGGACGAGAUGCGAUGAAGUUACUACGACCGCUCAAGGAAAUGGUCCCCGUCUGAGCAGCUUUUCAGUGCAUGGUGCUGAGUUUGUUGGUCAGGAAACGGUGUGGAACAAAGGGCCGCAGCUCCUGUGCUGCAGUAGCACUGAGGCUGAAGCAUGAUGCAUCGUGAGAGCUGACUGGGAAGUUGGAUAGUGUCGCACGCGCGAGCGCAAAAGUCCGGGCGCGAUAUUUACUAGUUUUCAAGAGAGUGACACAUUGGACGAUCAUCUGCAUAGUGUAUCGUAUCUUUUACUUAUUGCUUUUCGAGAAGGUACCGCGGGGCACUUGUGUGUACGACCUGCACAGGUCUGCCUGCUGCAUUACAAUAUUAUUAUUCCUGGAAAUGCAGAGAGUCAACGCAAACGGUUUAGGGGUGACGAGAGAAAGCCGGGCGUGAGCACAGAAACGAGGGAGAGAGCCGCGCCAUCUUUCCAAAUGAUAAGCCUCGAGUAUUCAGUCGCCUCUCGGGCACUGCAGCUGUUCAUCUUUCAUGAAAUGAAGUAGCACAAAAAGUAUUUUGAUGCCGAUUGCGACUU